GGCUCGGCUGUUCAGCCGUUAACGCUUUAAACUUCCCGCCUGCCACUCGCGGCACCGGUGGCCGUGUUGCUUGUCGGCCGCCGCAGUUUCCCGGCGCUGCGGACGCAGAAGCAGUCGGUGGCUAUGGCUGCGCGGCGUUCUCUUCGGGACCGACGCUGAGGGUUGCGGCCAGCCCGUCGCGCCUCGUUUCUUCGGGCCCGCCGUUGGGUCGGUGCCGCGGCCGGGAGCGGAGGCGAAUCUGCUGCGCCUGUGCUCCCGUUAGCGCGGUUUGGGCGGUUGUCAGGGAGAAACAAGAUGGCGGCCGCGGCAACGGAGGAGGACACGGAGCUGCGGGACCUGCUGGUGCAGACUCUGGAGAGCAGCGGCGUGCUCAAUAAGAUCAAGGCAGAGUUGCGAGCAGCGGUUUUUUUGGCACUGGAAGAACAAGAGAAAGUAGAGAACAAAGCACCUCUGGUAAAUGAAAGCUUGAAAACUUUUUUAGGUACAAAAGAUGGUCGUUUGGUAGCAGGUCUUGUUGCGGAAUUUCUACAUUUCUUCAAUCUUGAUUUUACAUUGGCUGUUUUCCAGCCUGAAUCAAGCACACUAAAUGGCCUUGAUGGUCGUGAAAACUUAGCUCGAGAUUUGGGAAUUACAGAAGAAGGAGGUACUGUAGGUGGUCCCCUGUUAUUGGAGGUUGUUCGAAAAUGUCAGAAGAAUAUUUCAGGCAAUGGAGAAGUGGCUCCAGUUCUAAGUGAUAGCCUGUGCCCCACAUCAAAAUCAUCUGAUGGAAGGUCGAGUACACACCCAGUACCAAGUAAGGCUGCUGAAACCACUCAAAAUGAUACAAGCGAUUCAUCAGGGGAAGGAAGCAAAAGAAGCAUUCAUUUUCUGCCUAAUGAAACAAAUCCAGAUCCUCAACUAGAAAACAAAGACUUGAAUACCAAAGAAAAAAGUGAUCCAGGUGUGGAUGACGAUGAUGUAGAGGGAGAUUCUUUUUUUGAUGAUCCUAUACCCAAACCAGAAAGAACUUAUGGCUGGAAAACUGAAGCUAAUAAAGCAGGAGGUCUAGCAUCCCUUUCUGAUGCACCGCCUUUAAAAAGUGGGUUAAGCUCCCUGACUGGUGCACCUUUGCUAAAGGAGUCUGAUAAUUUGCAUAGAAACACUGUUUUGAAAGACCUGAGGCUGGUGAAUGCAAAACUGGGAUCACUUGAAUUAGGAAAUGGAGAUGAUGACGAGUAUGCUGAUGACUUCAACAGUACUAGUCAUCGCUCAGAAAAAAGUGAUAUCAGUAUUGGUGAAGAAAUAGAUGAAAUUUCUGUGGGAACAGAAGAGUCAAUUGCCAGUGAUAAACUUGAAGGCAUCACGCAAGACCUUACUAUUUCUCAGUUGAGUGACGUGGCAGAUUAUCUAGAAGAUGUGGCAUAGAAUUGGACAGCAAAAAUGUUUCAUUGUGCUGGAAUAGAAGACUGCUGUGGACUGUUAAUUUCAGACAAUCACUUCUUGCUGGAACGUCCACUCUAUUUGUGCCUUGUAUUUCAAAGAGACUGUACAUGGAGAAGGCUUUUAAAUAUUCUUAACAUGGACUAAAUGGAUAUUGUGUUCCCAUCUGAGUCUGAUACUUUCUUCAUUUGGUUCAGCCAGACCUUUUACAGCAGGAGGUGGAUUUUCCACACAGAAUGUCCAUUGCUGGCAGUGGGCAUAAUAAAAAACAACU